AACACAUCAAAUUGGACUUUUGACCCAUUUGAUUGCACUCCAUGAUUAAUGCCCAUUUAUGUAAAUUCACUGAAACUAGUACCAGAGGGUAGCCUUUGACGACGGCCUCUCUCUCACUCUCUCUCCUUCUGGCUUUCUCAGGGUUUCAAAGCUUGGGGAUCUUUGUUUUUUGGUUUCUGUUUAGUGUUUUUUUUCCGACGCCGGAGAAAAAGGGGUUAGCCAUGAAGAACACCGUCUUAAGCAAGCUACGGAAUUUAGACGCCUACCCGAAAGUCAAUGAAGAUUUCUUCACCCGUUCACUUUCCGGUGGCAUUAUCACCCUUGUCUCUUCUCUUGCCAUACUCUUACUCGUCUUUUCCGAAUUCAGAUUGUACCUGCACACCGUUACGGAGACGAAGCUAUUGGUGGAUACUUCAAGAGGGGAAACCUUACGCAUAAAUUUUGAUGUCACUUUUCCUGCAAUUCCCUGUUCGAUACUCAGUGUUGAUGCUAUGGAUAUCAGUGGCGAGCAACAUCUUGACAUAAAACAUGAUAUAAUUAAGAAAAGAAUCAAUACUAACGGUGAUGUGAUAGAAUCCAAGCCAGAUGGUAUAGGAGCACCAAAGAUUGAGAAACCUCUGCAGAGACAUGGUGGCAGGCUUGAACAAAAUGAGACAUAUUGUGGUUCGUGCUUUGGUGCAGAGCAGUCAGAUGAUGACUGUUGUAACUCCUGCGAAGAGGUUCGUGACGCAUAUCGUCGAAAAGGGUGGGCAAUGACUAAUGCAGACUUGAUUGACCAGUGCAAAAGAGAAGGCUUUUUCGAAAGGAUAAAAGAGCAGGAGGGUGAAGGAUGCAAUGUUCAAGGAUCUCUUGAAGUUAAUAGGGUUGCUGGAAAUUUUCAUUUUGCACCUGGCAAAACUUUUCAUCAGUCGAACAUUUUCUUUGAUGACUUGAUGUCUGUCCAUAAGGACAGUUACAAUAUAAGUCACAGAAUCAAUAGGUUAGCUUUUGGUGAAUACUUCCCGGGUGUGGUAAAUCCUCUUGAUGGGGGACAUUGGACCCAUGAAACCUCAAAUGGGAUGUACCAGUACUUCAUCAAGGUUGUACCCACAAUAUAUACUGACAUUAGAGGCCGCACUGUUAACUCGAAUCAGUAUUCCGUGACGGAGCAUUUCAAGGAUUUGGAGUACAUUAGCCCUAAUUCUCAACCUGGAGUUUUCUUCUACUAUGACUUUUCUCCGAUCAAGGUCACUUUUAAGGAGGAGCAUAGUUCAUUUUUGCACUUCAUCACCAAUAUCUGUGCUGUAAUCGGAGGUAUCUUCACAGUCGCAGGGAUAAUCGACACGUUCGUAUACCAUGGUCAAAGAAGGAUGAAGAAAAAGAUGGAAAUUGGAAAAUUCAGAUAAUUUUGUCUGCACGUUUAUUCCCACACACGACCUUGGCUUUCGACACGAUAGUUUUUCUUGGCUUUCAACACGAUAGUUCUUUUUCUUUUCCGAUGGUUCGGAUGCUAAAUUGUUGGUGCAUUCAUAGGGAUCCAUCCAUGCUGCUGUUUUAUUCCGAAGAGUGUAUGACAUUGGUCCUUCAAAUCAUUGCUGAAAUUGUCUGGUUUGCCCCAUAUAUUAGAGUCUUAAAGAGAAUAUAAUUUAUCUAUGCACUUGUAAUUUGUAAUUGAUUUUUCUUGUUUUAAUUCUUAUUAACACCAAGCAGUUUCUAAAA